AUGAUUCGAACUCUUGUAUCCAAACCCAUUCCUGGUAAACCAGAAUUCGAGGAGUUGCUGGAUCAGUUAACUGCACCAGUGUACGAUGUGCCUAAUUUAUCCCGUCAGGCGUUCCAGUCCAUCUCUGCCGCCACUGGAGUGGUUGCAGCUGCCAGUGGGGAUAUCGAAAAGGCUCGCUCAUUAGCGGAUAAACUCGCUGAUCAGUUACGAAAUGAAAAAUCCACAGAUUCGAUUCGUCUAUUUAGCGUACAUGCUCUUGGAGAAUUGGGCCGCCGCUGUCCACGUGUAUAUGAAAACUCUCACCUUGAGCCUGAAAAGCUGAUCAUACCCGCAUUCAAUUCCAACUCGGAAGAUCUAAAAGCUGCCGCUGCGCAGGCGCUCGGUGCCCUUGCUGUUGGUAAUCACGCACGCUUUCUUCCUUUCAUCCUAAAUGAAAUCCAAACGCAACCGAAAAGACAAUAUCUGCUUUUACAUGCAUUAAAGGAGGUGAUUGGACACGAAUCUACCAAUAUUGUGCCAAUUGAAGUAUUUCGAUCACGCAUCAGUGAAAUAUGGCCGGUAUUAGUCGCCCAUGCGGAUGGUAAUGAGGAGGGGACAAGGUAAGC